UCAACUUAAAGAACAACGUAGGCUGCGUUCAUGUAAAGUUCUGCAUACAACUUCAGAACUUAACCUGAAAACUAGAAUGGACGAUACAAUUUAAACAUUUAUAUUGUUAUAUCCGUUCAUUUUGAUUGUUCGUUAUGUCUCUACUUCGUAAAGGCCAGCAAUGGGGUACUUUUGCGCGCAUUUGGCACAUAUACGAUGCAACUUGGCAAAAUCCAUUUAAAAGUGCUGAAGUGAUUCAAAGAUAUCUUAAGGGUUUGUACAAACCUAUAUACCAUCCUCUGAAUGACUGCGGGGAUCAUGUAAUAGUAAUAAAUAGCAAAAUGAUUGCUUUGCCUGGAGAUGAAUGGCAAAAACGUGUGUAUUUUCAUCAUACAGGGUAUCAUGGAGGUGCGACUUGGACACUCGCGUGGGAAUUGCACAAAGCAAAUCCAGCAAUGAUCAUGAUAAAAGCAGUUUACAGUUCCAUGCAUGGAAAUUUACAAAGAAGAUAUACAAUGCAAAGAUUGCACGUUUUCCCAGAUUCAAAUGUACCUGAAGACAUGCUGAAAAAUGUCACUCAUCAAAUUGAGCAACUGAAACCAGUGCCAGUAAAACUGAGAGAUGUACCUAAAGAAGAAAGAGAGAACUUCCCAAGGCUCAUAAAAUAUCCAAUGGACUAUGAGCUUAAAUAAACAAAUAAAUGUAUAUAGGACAAACAUCUUUUUACUUAAUGCUGCAGCAUUUACAUAAUCAAGUAGCAAAUGAACUGAAAAAGAAAUAAAUCAUUGUAUAGCGAAUUUAUUUACUUAUACAUAUAAUUACAUGGGUAUAUUAAUUAUCUGUUAAAA